AUGUUCAAUCAAAACACUCUGAAUCUGUAUAAACCGCUUGAUGCGCCAAUCAAUAGCGAGAUCGAACAAUCUGUCGAAUCGAACAAGGCCCAGAGCCCUCAGAUUGGCGGAUCUACCGGUAAAAGCAUUGACAACUUUAAUCUUAUGAACGAGAUACACAAACCCCGGUCCUCUUUUGAUCAUUCAUCCGAUCAAUGGGAAGAAAGUGACUCAUUCUCGAUUCACGAAAUCGAACCAGUAUCAAGUGUCAAAAAAGAGCUGAAAGCUGCAAAUGAUCACGACUUGAGCGCGUAUCCUCAUGUAGACUUUGACCUGGGAAAAUAUACCGCGUCUCGCAAGUUCAAGGGACAGAAAUUGGUGUAUUUCACAUCUGCAUUUGUUUCGCUUUUUGUAUCGUUGUUUGGCUAUGAACAGGGCGUUUGUCUGGGAAUCCUUACCUUUGUGACAUUCAACAAAUACUUCAAUUAUCCUACGGCGACCGAAAUAGGACUUGUGAUUUCAAUCUUGGAAAUUGGCGCCAUGGUUGCUUCUUUACUCGUUUCGCGAGUGUCAGAUCAGAUAGGUAGAAAAAAGACAAUUCUUCUGGGAACUGCGAUUUUCAUUGUGGGAGGUACUCUCCAAUCCUUUGCCCCCAAUUUAUGGAUAUUUGGCGUAGGCAGAGUUUUUAGUGGGUUUGGCGUUGGGUUUCUAUCCACAAUGGUUCCUCUGUACCAGUGUGAAAUAUCGCCUGUAGAAGAGCGCGGAAAGCUUGUUUGCGGUGAAUUCACAGGAAACAUUGCUGGGUAUUGUUUGAGUGUGUGGGUCGAUUACUUCUCUUACUUCUUGCAAGACAUUGGUGAUGCAAGAAGCGACCCGCAAUCCUUCUGGGCUCAGGUCUCCUGGAGACUCCCAUUAUUUAUACAGGUCGCUCUAGCGAUAGUUCUCUUGGUCGGAGGAGUUUUCAUUGUGGAAAGUCCCAGAUGGCUCUUGGACGUUGAUAUGGACUCACGGGGCUUCCAUGUAUUGUGCUUGCUCUAUAGCGACGAUCCGGACCCAAAUAAAGCCCUCAAUGAAUUUUUCUUGAUUAAGAAUUCGAUCUUGGAGGAAAGACGCACCACACCAAAGCUGCAACGUACAUGGGGUCAUUUAUUCCGCAAUUACAGACUAAGAGUAUUCAUCGCGUGUCUGGCCUUGGCCUACGCUCAGUUCAAUGGAAUUAAUAUCAUUUCAUAUUAUGCGCCAAUGGUCUUCGAGCAAGCUGGCUUCAACGACUCCAAGGCUCUUUUGAUGACAGGCAUCAAUGGGCUAGUCUAUUUGGCCAGUACCGUGCCACCGUGGUUUUUGGUAGACCGUUGGGGUCGAAAACCAAUCUUGAUCAGCGGUGGCAUUUCGAUGGGCGUAUGUCUCGUUGCAAUAGCUGGAGUAAUGCGUCUAGAUAUUGCGGCCACUCCACUGUUGGUAGCAGUCUUGGUUAUUAUCUACAAUGCUUCGUUUGGCUACAGUUGGGGUCCUAUUGGAUUUUUGAUUCCACCAGAGGUUUAUCCCUUAGCGGUGAGAUCAAAAGGUGUUUCGCUAUCAACGGCUUCAAAUUGGUUUGCCAAUUACGUUGUGGGACAACUCACCCCCAUUUUGCAAGAAAGUAUUGGCUGGGCCAUGUACUUGAUUCCUGCAACGAGUUGCGUUCUCUCUGUAUUUACAGUGUAUUGGAUUUACCCUGAAACCAUGGGAGUGGAACUUGAGGAUAUCGACCGAUUAUUCGAGAGCAGAAAUGGCAAGUACACUAAAAUCGAUGAUUCCAAUUCCAAUUUUGGAGCUUUUGAGCUAGAAGAUUUGGAAACGGAGCCUGAGCCCGGGCCGCGCCGGUGA